CACCCGCGCUGCCCCAGCCCGCGGCCCGCUCCCGGCGGAAGCGGAAGGGCCGGGCGGCAGCAGCGGGAGCAGCAGCCGGAGCCCAGGCUGAAUAGCGGCGGCGGUAGCGGCGGCAAAAAUGCCUGCAACGUGCGACUUCGUUACACUCCACACUGGGCAGAAGAUGCCUCUCGUAGGACUGGGAACUUGGAAAAGUGACCGUGGCCAAGUGAAGGAGGCAGUGAAGCACGCCCUCAGCGUGGGCUAUCGCCACAUCGACUGCGCAGCCGCCUACAGCAACGAAGCCGAGAUCGGGGAGGCCUUCCAGGAGUGCGUGGGGCCCAGCAAGGUUAUUAAAAGGGAGGACCUGUUUGUAACAUCAAAGCUCUGGAAUACCAAGCACCACCCUGAAGAUGUAGAGCCAGCACUGAGGAAAACACUUGGAGAUAUGAAACUGGAUUACCUGGACCUGUACCUCAUGCACUGGCCUCAUGCCUUUGAGCGAGGGGACAAUCUCUUCCCAAAGAAUCCUGACAACACGAUGCGUUAUGACUACAUCGAUUACAAGGAAACCUGGAAGGCCAUGGAGAAACUGGUGGAGAAAGGUCUUGUGAAAGCCAUUGGGCUGUCAAACUUCAACAGCCGUCAGAUCGAUGAUGUGCUAAGUGUGGCUACUGUGAAGCCAGCUGUGCUCCAGGUGGAAUGCCAUCCUUACCUAGCUCAGAACGAGCUGAUUGCUCACUGCCAGAAGCGAGGACUGGUGGUCACUGCCUACAGUCCCCUUGGCUCUCCGGAUCGCAUGUGGAAACACCCGGAUGAGCCUGUGCUGCUAGAGGAACCUGGCGUCAAAAAAAUUGCUGAAAAAUACAGCAAGUCACCUGCACAGAUCCUCCUCAGAUGGCAAGUGCAGCGUAAAGUGGUUGUCAUUCCCAAGAGUGUCACUCCUGCUCGCAUUCAGCAGAAUCUGCAGGUGUUUGACUUCAGCCUCACAGAAGAGGAGAUGAGCCACAUUGGAAGCCUGAACAAAAACUGGCGUUACAUUGUGCCAAUGAUUACGGUGGAUGGAAAGCUAGUAGCCAGAGAUGCUGGACACCCGCACUACCCCUUCAAUGACCCCUAUUAACUGCGGGAAAAUAAGGUGUUACAGUAAUGCUCCAGUAAUUGCCUUCACACAAAGUAAUUGUUGCCACGAUUUUCAUACAAUGUACUACUUCUAAUCGACCUCCUGCCUGGAGAUCCCGUAGCUGCUGUUUCAAAGUUGGUGGAUUUAUUACAAUGACUGCAAGCUGGCUGCUGGAGGCAUCAGAUCUUUUGGAGAUUAGAUAAAGAGUGAGGAGUCUAAGUCAAGUUCCAGACACAUCGUUAUCAGACAAGGGCAUUACUUUGAGUAAUUACUUUGGUUACUGCUGUGAAACGGUUUUGAAAUCUUCAGUUGCUACCAUGAUGAGGGGAAAAAAAGAAGGGUGAAAGUGUGAAAGUUUUUUAAGGCUAAAGAAUUGCUCAGCCAUCAACUUUGAUCUCUUUUAUUACCAAUUUUUUACGCAGGGAAUAAAGUGAAAGGUGCUCCAAUUGCACUAUGUCCAUAAACCAUCCAUUAAAACCCAAGUAAUCAGCCGUGGGACCUAGAGUUGUCAAUUUUCUCUUUCUUUUAAUUUGCCUGUAGAUUUGAGCAGAAUAAAGCAGACCCUGGAGCAGGCCUUCAGGGCAAUCCCCUGUCUUGCUUGUCACAGUGCUGGGUUUCAGCUCUGACAGCAGCUCUGAUCCUAUCACAAAAGCCACAAGAACUUUGCAGCAAGUCUUGCAGAAAAACAUCCUGCUUUUCCCAUGAAGCUGUCCAGUGUUUCUUUACCAAAGAUGUCCAUUUUGAGUUCUGGAAGGUCACAAAAUUAGUUCCUAAUUGUACAGUAAGACCAAAGACCUUUCAGAGCUCCCAAUGUUUUAAUGGUUCAUUUUUGGCUACUGCCAAAAAAUGUCUUUGGUUGAUGCUUAGGAGAGCUGCUCCUGUCUCCUGCUGGUAACUCGGGGUGACUCAUUUGCCUUUUGUGCCUGUUUUCCUGCUUGCCAUGCCUGUGUUCCCCUGGCAGGGACUGAUUUGCUGAGUGCUGAUGCACCCUUGGGCUGGAACUCCAGCUCUAAGCACAGUUUUCUUUUGUGUCUCCUAAUGAAUUGGCUGAGCACAAAGGGCAUGAGGUGUUGGUACCUACCUGUGGUGACACUUUCUGUGGCCUUAGAAACAUCAACACUUUAUUUUGGUCCUCUCUACCUGUUAAAUAGGAAUAAUUUUUUUCCCCACAGUAAUUAGAAUUGCUAUUGGAUUGCUAUUUUCCUGUAGCAAGCAAUUAGAAAAAUAGUCUUGUAUAUCAAGUAGUUCAAAAGUUAAGGAAUUAGACGCUUUAAUUUGGAUACCCUCAUUUGCAAUAGGCCUUUAGCAGAUCUAUGAAUUCAUUUUGAGUGUAAAGCCUUCUCAGGUAAUUCCUGCCCUGGGCCUCACAGUGUGCAGCUGAACUGCAAAAAAAAGAGUGACACCAAUUUAUCACUCCUUGUAAACCGCAGGCAAAAUUUCAGGAACUUCUGUUCCUUCGUAAAAUGUUUCCUAAUUCCUGAUGAAUUUGCCUCAGUGGAGGAAGCCAUUGCACCUCAUUUAGGAUUCUUUAGUAGACUGGACAUUUUCUCCUAAGGAAAAUUAAAUUCUUGUUGGUUUCUUUAAUUAUUCCACUCAACAUGGUGACUUUGAACACGGUUCUUGUUGCAAUUCUGCCAAGGACAGUGGCUUUUCUUGCUUGUUUCACUUGCAUGUUUGCUUGUUUAAAUAAAUUCUGUACUCAUUGUA